AUGUUAUAUCAAGAUCUCGAUGUGAACGCCCAAGGUGGACUCUAUAGCAACGCACUGCAAGCGGCAUCAUCCGGAGGUCACAAAGAGGUGGUCCAAACACUGUUAAAUCAAGGUGCCGAUGUGAGCACCCAGGGUAGAGUCUAUGGCAAUGCACUUCAAGCCGCGUCAAGCGAGGGUCACAGAGAGGUGGUUCAAAUGCUACUAGAUCGAGGUGCCGACGUGAACGCCGAGCGUUGA